AUGACACGACCCAAAAGACGAAAUCAACCCGUCACUCCACUCGACUCAUCCUCCUCGUCAUUGUUGAAUGACGAUCAUGUUGGCGAUGAGGAUGACGAAGAUCAUGAGAGUACACGACGACUGGUGGAUAAUCGUUACGACCAACUUAAUGACGAUUCCGAACAACAAAUACAUCGAAAUGCAUCCAUCAUGAUGAUGGAAGAAGAAAUUAGUCAUCACGAGUCAUCAAUUACUGGACAAUAUCAUGAAAAUACUAACAACAGUGUGCAAGAACAACGGCCAGAACAUUCUUCAACACUUGUCAAUGAACCAUUUAAUAACAUUUCCAAUGCACAGUAUUCCGAUCGGAAUUUGACAACUUUUAGAAAAUUCAAAAUUCAACUUCAACCCUUGAUAGGAUUGUUGUAUAAAAAGGCAAUGCUAUUUAGGAGAGAUUUAAAGAAUGCCAUUAUGGUGAUUGUUUUUCCAUUGAUUUUUAUUGCAUUAGUGACCAUGACACAUAUUUCCUAUGCUUCAUUAUUUAAAAAUUCAAUGAAUCCCUAUCAAGCUGGAACGAAUGAGUAUUAUCAAUGGUUUUUGGAUCAAACACCCAUGAUUCCUCUUAGCGAGAUGAAUGCUCCAAAACGUAAUUCAAAUAAUGUGAAACCAUUCUCUAGAAAUUUAGCGAAUAAUAAUAAUGACUACAAAAUUGCGUUACUAUUUCGAGGGUUGAACAUUUCUUCAACGCACGGUGCUGCAGUAUCACGAGAUAUACAAACGAGAUUAUCGUAUUCAAUGAGUUUUUACGUAGAUUUUGAAGUAUUUUCGUCACGAGAGGAAAUGAAUGCGAAAAUUGCCAAUGAUAGUUCUUUUGUUGGAGGUUACGAAUUUGAAAAAUUAGAUUUUGAUCAUGCUUUAUUUAAUGUGACAGUAUUGUAUAAUAACGAGCAUAAGACAACUCUUCCUCAACUCACUCAAUUAAUAGAACAAAUAAUUAUUGACAUCCUAUAUUAUGGACCUGUAAAUACUAGAGCACAAACUAUUUUUCCCAAAAUUGGAAUUCAACACAUUUCUUUUGGAAACCAACUAACCUAUUUAUUUCUCGAUAAUUCAAUAUUUUAUUUAAUCAUGCCAUUAAUACUUUUAUUGCCACAUUUUGUCACAGGGGUAGUGAGUGAAGAAGAAAAAGAAACCAAAAUUCAAUUACUAUUGAGUUCGGUCUCAAAAAAAUUAUAUUGGACGUCACACUUUAUUUUUGAUGUCAGCUUGUACUUUAUUAUUUCAUUGGCACAAAUUAUAGGCAUGUCUCUCAUUGCUUCUGCUCCUGCUUUUGUUGACAACUCACUUUUUGCUGUAUUGGCAGUGUAUGUGAGCUAUGCUUUCUAUUUUAUUACAUUUAGUUAUAUUUUUAGUUAUGUAUUUAGUAAGGUGGAAGAUGCUCAAAAAUGGACAUCAUUCAUCAUCUCAGCCAGCGUACUCUUCAUCUUUCUAGUAUUUCGAUAUCUAUUCAAUUUCGAAAUGCAUACCUUACUGAAGUUUCUGCUAUGUCUCAUACUUCCUUCUUGGAAUUUCUUUUAUGCACUUUCACUAUUGGGGCUUGCUGUCGAUCAGGGAACUCCAAUUUCAAUCUUGGAUAUGUUUCAACUGAAAGGAUAUUCUGGAGAAUUGAUGGGAGUUUUACUUUUAAUGUGGUUUCAAACAUUUUCUCAUAUUUUCUUAAUGCUCUGGUUCGAAUAUUUGGAUUAUUUGAGAAAAAAACCAAAUUCGUGGCUUUCUCGAUGGUUACUUCCAUUCAAUUUUGCAAGAAAACUUUUCAAGAUGGAAACAAUGCCACAACGUUCUCCAUUGAAUACAAUGACUGAAAUUGAAAUGAAUGAAAACAGUACUUUAGAGAGUCCUGCAGGGCUACUGAUUACUUCUGUCAGUGACGGUCGUUCUGAGAACCAUGAAGAGGAAAUCUAUGAAAGUUCACCCAAUGACAUUUUGCAAUUCCAUCAUGUUCACAAAUGGUUUGGAGAUUACCACGUUCUACGAGGUGUGAAUUUUGGUGUGAAACGAGGUGAAAUUUUAGGACUGUUAGGAAAAAACGGAGCUUCCAAAACCACUCUUCUUAAAACUAUUUGUUCCAUCACUGGAAUUAGUCAUGGUCAGAUUUUAAUCAAUGGUACCAAUGUUUUUGAACGAAUAGGUUCUCCAUCCAAUCUCGGUGUUUGUCCUCAAAACAAUCGACUCUAUGAUAAUUUAACAGUGUGGGAACAUUUGAAAAUUUAUCAUUUCAUUCGAGGACAGUAUUCGACUGAAAACAUUCGCCGAACAUUGGAACGAUUUAAAUUUACUUUAGAAGACUCAAAUAAGGCAGUGAAAGAAUUGAGUGGAGGAAUGAAACGAAAAUUAUCAAUGGCUCUUGCCUUAAUUGGAGAACCUGAUGUUAUUCUAUUGGAUGAACCAACUUCUUCGAUGGAUGUCUCGACUCGAAGACAUGUAUGGUCUCUCAUUCAUGAAAUUCGAGCCAAUCACGCCAUCAUUUUAACGUCACACUCGAUGGAUGAAAUGGAAGAGCUCACAGAUCGAAUUGGCAUUAUGGUUGAAGGAUCAUUGGCCGCAAUUGGCAGUAAAACUUCGCUCAAGGAACGAUUUGGAAAGUUCUAUCGAGUUGUCAUUACAAGCGAGAGCGAACAAGAAGAGGACCUGACCAAGAUUGAACAUUCAAUUUUAGAGAGUUUUAAGCAAGAUGAAGAACAUCAACCAAUGACCAUUCUUGACCAAUCAUCACACAAAGAGAGCUCAGUUGUGAAAUUAUUGAAUCGCGUGGGUCGCACAUUGUUUUUUGAAAUUCAUAAUUCAGUUCCAGUGUACGAAGUCUUUGAAAAAAUUGGAAACUUGGCAUGUGUACUGCAUUAUGAUUAUUCCAUUUCACAGUCGACAUUGGAACAAGUGUUUUUGAAUUUUUCAAACUCCCAAAAAAGAUAA